AUGAGAUCUUUGGCCUUGGAGUUUGCCAAAAAACUUCAACCAUGGCGGAAACCAGACGAUCCCAUCUUUCUUGAGAUUCACGAUGCUUUGCAACUCAGCACCCUUUGUGACCAAGUCAAACCACCAACAGGCACCAGCCACGAAAAAGCAAUGAACGAUUCAAAGGAACAAGAGGAAAUGCUGAUGAUAUCUUGUUCUUCUUCUGCCUCUUCUUCUGCUUCAUCCACCAGAAACGAUGCCCUCUGUAUCUUUGUCGUCCCGAACGCCACAACCAAUGGAGACGGCUCCCUCGAGCAUCCUGUGGGGUGUUUGCAUGAGGCACUCGAUAUUUCGAGACUGGCACGAAAGAAUGCCACAAAGUAUGGCCUCAAGGAUCGGGUCACCAAGAUUGUUCUACGAGAAGGAAUCCAUGAACUCAACCAUAAACCGUUACGUCUCUCGGGCGAAACCUUUGACAAUCAUUUGCAAAUCUUGGUCUAUCCCGGAGAAGAGGCUUGGAUCAGCGGUGGCAUUACUCUGCCACAAAGUUUGAAAUGGGAUCGUUGGGAUCAAAGCGACAAAGUAUGGGUCACCAACCUAAGCGAAAUCAUGCAAAACGUCAGCAAUCUACCCUCGGUCCCAUCAGUCUUUACCACUGAUACUAGGCUCAUUCGAGCUCGCUAUCCCAAUGGAAACCCCGAGUUGGAUCAAUGGGGAUACGCCACUCCCGACAAGGAUAGAGUAUCGAUUCCCUCUGACGAAGCCUUGGAAUGGCACAAACCACCAAAGGGUGAGGUUCCCACAUUUGACUAUAUUCCAAACCUCAAGAAUGACUCACUCAUGGAUGGCUACAACAUGUAUGCUAGUGGUCACGGAGGAGUGUGUGCCGAUCAGUGGGGCCCCGAGGCGGAUUCCUAUUGGUGUUCCAACUAUAGUCAGGGAGGAUGGGCUGAAGUCGACCGAGAAGCGGCCAUGACGGGUCAAUUACAACUCCCUGUCGGGCUGACCUGGAACACGACCACGGAGCACGGACAGCAUCUGAGUCGAUUGAAUCAAGCCAAAGGUGGCAUUGUGUUUGCGUGGCAUUCGCAAUCGUGGGCCAUGCACAUGUUUCAAAUCUCGUCCUCUUCCAACAGUAAUGCGUCCGAAGAAGGAACGAUCAACCAGUUUCAAUUUGAAAAGGGAGGAGGGAAGCAAGGUGGCCGAAACUGGUGCCGUUGCGAUCAAUGUACAUAUGCAGGCCGGUGGUGUGGACAACAUCAAGAUCCUCCCGACAAUACGGACACAAGAUUGAUUGGAGGCUCCUGGAUUGUGGAAAACGUUCUCCUGGAACUGGAUCAACCAGGAGAAUUUUGGUACAAUGCCACCAGCCAUGAACUCUACGUGUAUCCAAACACAACCGAAGGGGAUAACUCCUGGACAAACAAUCUACAUUUCGCCACCCUGCCAAAUAUCCUAGAACUCCACAAUGUCAGCAAUGUGGAGAUCAUUGGAGUCAACUUUCGAGACUCGGCUGCUACGUUCAUGAGUGAUUGGAGCGCUCCUAGCGGGGGAGAUUGGUCACUUCACCGGGGUGGCACAAUCUUUUUGGAAAACACAGUAGACGUGGUCAUUAGAAAUUGCACCUUUCGUAGACUGGAUAGCAACGCGGUUUUCUUGUCUCGCCGAAACCGAAAUGUGCUGAUUCAGAAAAAUGUCUUUGAGUGGUUGGCAGAAAAUGCGAUUGCAACAUGGGGCGAAACAGAAAAGCACGAUGCCACCAAAGGUGACCAGCCCUGGAAUACAAUGAUAUAUGACAACGUGAUGCGUGAGCUGGGUAUCUAUGAGAAGCAGUCCUCCGGGGUGGGCCAGGCAAAAGCGGCGCUUACAGACAUCCGAAACAACAUUAUGUUCAACCUACCCAGGGCUGCCAUAAACUUCAAUGACAUGACGGGCGGUGGAGACAAAGUGUUCCGCAACUUGCUGUUCAACACCUGUAGAGAAUCGGGAGAUCAUGGACCAAUCAACAGCUGGGACCGCCAGCCCUACUUGACCAAGUUGCGAGACGGACAAACACCAAGCUUCGACCCGUUGCCAAGAGAGAUUUUCGGCAACUAUAUCAUAGCCAACUACGGCGCUGACCAGGGAGUGGAUAAUGACGAUGGGUCAAGUUGGUUUCACGUUAGAAACAACGUCUUCUUUGACGCCGCCGGUGUAAAAAUGGAUUAUGGAGGGCACGACAGCGUAUACGAAAACAACUUGGUGAUGGCCUCAGGGCGUAAGAGGUGCAUCGGCAUUGGAUCGUUCAAAGCGGGCCAUGGCGACAUCAUUCAGAACAAUCGAUGCGCAGUCAGGCUGGACAGCAUCAGCUCAACGGAACAGCUUACCAGGGUGAGUGAGCUGGGGGAAGACUCACUUGACAAUGUUGGCGGCUUGGGACGUUGCAAAGAGAGCAAUGCUCGCAUAAGCAACAACACCUACUACACCCCCGAGGGCGAUGCCAUGUUCUACUGUAAUGACAUUGGCGAUGAGGAACAAAGUUUGGUUGUCUUGCAGACGUACGGGAUUGAAAAUUCAUCAAUUUCACAGAAGCACCCGCCCCUGAAACUUCUUGUACAAUGGGCUCAGGAGAUGCUGCUUGGUCGAAAUGAAGAUGUCAAAGAGAGCCAAACGUCUAUCUGA